CGCCCCCCCCCCCCCCCCCCCUCCGUUUUCCCUCCCGAUCGCCUCCUUCCCUCUCUCUCCGCGGCGACGACUGGGCGAGCGGCGCCGCCCUUCCUCCGUCGGGACCUUCGCCGGCGAGGUGCAUAAUUUGUGGGCUUGGUGAUUGAUAGAUCCAGUGAUCAACAAAGUGAUUGAAAAUGGUGGUCCUUGCAGCUUCCAUCGUUUCGAAGUCGGGAAAAGCGCUUGUGUCAAGACAGUUUGUUGACAUGUCUCGCAUAAGAAUCGAAGGAUUACUUGCUGCAUUCCCGAAACUGGUUGGAACUGGGAAGCAGCACACUUAUGUUGAAACAGAAAAUGUGCGUUAUGUUUAUCAACCUAUUGAAGGUUUAUAUCUUCUACUUAUCACAAACAAGCAGAGCAACAUUCUUGAAGAUCUGGACACUUUGAGGCUGCUCUCCAAGCUCGUGCCCGAAUACUCCCCUUCCUUGGAUGAGGAGGGUGUCUGUAAAACAGCAUUUGAGCUUAUAUUUGCUUUCGACGAAGCCAUAUCUCUUGGAAAUAAGGAAAAUGUUACGGUGCAACAAGUAAAACAAUAUUGUGAGAUGGAGAGCCAUGAAGAGAAGGCACACAAGCUGAUGAUGCAAGCCAAAAUCAAUGAAACCAAGGAUGUCAUGAAGAAGAAGGCUAAUGAGCUUGACAAAAUGAGGAUGGAAAGAGGUAAACUUGACAAAGGAGGAUACUCUUCAAUAUCUGGUCCACGUGUGAUUGAAAAAACUUUCAAUGAUAUGAGCAUCAGUGGUUCUCGAUUUGGUAGUGGUUCUGGAUUAGGUGGACUGAGCACUGACAUGGACUCAUUUGCUAGCAAGCCCAAAGGUCGUCCAUCUCAACCUGCUACUGCACCUGGUAAAGGUUUUGGCAUGAAAUUGGGCAAGACACAGAAGACAAACCAAUUCCUCGAAUCAUUGAAAGCUGAAGGAGAAGUCAUUUUGGAGGAUGUACAACCAAGUACAGUUCCUUCAAGAUCGUCUGCUCUCCCACCAAGUGAUCCUGUCACAGUGACUAUAGAAGAGAAGCUAAAUGUUGUGGUUAAAAGAGAUGGAGGUAUUAAUAACUUCGAUGUUCAAGGAACCCUUGCUCUUCAGGUUCUUAAUGAUGCUGAUGGUUUCAUCCAAUUGCAGAUUGAAAACCAAGAUAUUCCUGGACUUAGCUUCAAAACACACCCAAAUAUCAACAAGGAGUUGUUUAACAGUCAGCAAAUUUUGGGAGCAAAAGAUCCAAACAGGCCCUUCCCGAGUGGUCAGAAUGAAACUCCUCUGGUGAAAUGGAGAAUCCAGGGGAUGGAUGAGUCAUCUUUACCUCUAUCAGUCAAUUGCUGGCCGUCGGUAUCUGGAAAUGAAACCUAUGUCAACAUUGAAUAUGAAGCUUCUGAAAUAUUUGAUCUGCACAAUGUUGUCAUAUCUAUACCUCUGCCAGCACUUCGGGAGGCUCCAAGUGUUAAACAGAUAGAUGGAGAGUGGAAGUUUGACUCAAGAAACUCUGUGUUGGAAUGGUCUAUUCUCCUUAUUGAUCAGUCGAAUCGCAGUGGUUCCAUGGAAUUUGUUGUUCCCCCAGCUGACCCAUCAUCAUUUUUCCCCAUCUCUGUUGGGUUUUCUGCAUCCAGUACUUUCAGUGAUUUGAAGGUUACUGGAAUCCAUCCUCUGAAGGAAGGCAACCCUCCCAAGUUUUCACAGCGGGCUCGUUUGCUCACUGCUAACUACCAAGUGGUUUAGUGCUCUUAUCAAGGUCGAGUGUUGUUUCACUUAAAAUACUUCCAACAGCACAUGAUAGUGACAUAAUGUAUUUUGCCAUGAACUUGUGUGAGCCAUGGCAGGGAGGAUCACUUUGCAUUUGGAGAAUAUUCUUUUUUGUCCCUUCCGUUUUUAGCAUGUUGCACAAAUUGAUGUUCUGAUGUAUUGCUACCUAAGAAAUAAGCGUGUGUUCUUGUGUUUCGAUUGCC